UUCAAAUGAUCAAGUCGCGUGAUAUCUUGACUGUGUGACUAGUCUCUUCAGCCAACUCUUUAGCUAACGUUAGUCAGUCGGUAACAGAAAAUGGAAGACGUUUUCUUACUGAAAGAGUCAGUUUUGUCUUUUCUAGACAGAAGUGGAGCUCUUCUUCAACUUGCUGAAGACUGCAAACCAUUCAACGACAUCCAGCGAAAUGAAGCUGUGUAUCGGUUCUGUAUCCGUGUGAACCCUUCAGACCUAAUCGAACUGGAUCCUAGAUUGGGUGACUGUGUUCUCAAUGACCCCCUCAAAGCUACAGCACUGUUUCAAUCUGUUUGUUUUCUGUCAAUAAAGACACUCUCCCUCAUAGAGAAAAUCCACACAGAAAGUCAGGUGAAUGUGAUCCUGAAGUUUACACACCUACCUCCGUUCCCUGAGUACACCUUGGACCUCUGUGAGUUUCCCUGUGGUUAUGGCCCCAUGAGGCCUGUUGCCAUGGAGGGCUUGGCCAUCGCGAUGACUAGGGUCUCCAAGUACACUCAGGGAGCCAGGUUUCUCUGUUCUGAGGAGGACUGUCCCUGCUCAACAGGGUUCCAUCACAUCAGAGUGCACGCACCCGGAGCCACUGAGUCAGCCACAGUGAGGAGUGACUUCAGCUGCCUGCUCUGCUCCUCUCACCUCAAAGAGGACAUCAAGUUCCGGGUCCUGGGGGACAAGCAGCUUGUAGAGCUGAUCCAUGUUAAAGCACUGGAUGUCCUGAAAGUCCAUCCUCCCAGUGCCCUCAGGUACCAGUCUGUCACCCUGUUUCUCAGAGAUGAGCUGUGUAACUCCAUGAGGAUUGGACGUCUGUACAGGGUGCUGGGCAUACCGGCCCAUGUCCACCAUUGGCCCAACGUCACCUGGAGUGUUGAGGCCAAUAGCGUUCAACCGUGGGAGCCUGAAUGUAAAGACCUCAUCAGCUCUAACUUCCAGGCCCUGUUGACGGCAACAGCCUGUUCCCCCUGGAGAUUCUCUGCCAUUGUGGCUAACACGUUUGGAUCCCCUGUGGUUCCCCCGGGCUUGUACAGCACUCUGAAGCUGGGCCUGCUGCUCAGCCUGGUCCAGGGCCGGGAGGACAACCCAGACUCACUGCACUGCCUGGACCUGCUAGCCCUGACGACUGACACACUCAUACUGGAAAGGCUGAUGACGUACAGCCUGGGUCUGGCUGGCCGUGGGGUGAGACACCCUGCAACAGGGGAGAUGUUUGCCUCUCUUUCUCGUGAUGAACAUGGAGCGGGAACGGCUAACAUCCACGCUGGCUCCGCCCUGCUGGCCACUGGGGGCGUCUGCAUGCUCGGGGACCUGGGCCACCACAGGAAAGACAAGAUGGACGCACUUCAGUCAGCUCUGGAGAGUCGGACAGUGUCUGUGAUUAUCCCAGGGAAGAAGUAUGGAGAGGAUGCUGACCAGCAGAUCUCCUUCCCUGUCCAGUGCAGCUUCUGGGCCUUGGCAGACUCCACACCUCCCUCAAACAAGACCACCAGGACUGACAGUACAGUGCUGGGAACAGUGGACAUGGGCCCGGUCCCUGCUCAGUUGGCUGAGGCCUUUGGUCUGGUGAUCCUGUGUCGGGAAGCAGGGGGAAAGCAGGCCCUGCUAGCCCAGACGGUGCACACCCUCAGACAGGCAGUGCAGCCCGGAGAGCCCCUCUACCCAUCCUGCAUGCAGUUCACCACACAGGACUAUAAGGAGCUUCUGGCCCACACCCAGAGGAUCCAGACAGAGCUGAGCCCUGGGGCAGAGAUGAUGAUCCAUGGCUAUUACAUGGCCAGCAGAAGGGUCCGCUCAGACUCGGGCCAUGGUGCAAAGGUGUCUGUGGCCUCCAUCAAGCUACUGAUCUCCCUGGCUGAGGCCCACAGUAAGCUGUGUCUGAGAAGCACAGUGCUGGAGGAGGAUGCAGUGAUCGCUGUGCUGCUGUGUGAAAACGCCAUCACUCUCAGACAUGGAGCCUCAGCGCUCGUUAUCCCACCCGACGCAGCAUUUCCCUGUGACCUGUGUGACCUGGAAGCUCUCCACAGGAGAGACCUUAUCCUGGAGCAGCUCCAACAGAGCAUCCUGCACUUUGUCUACGCCUACGCACCCGGGGCCGCCAGCUACAUCACAGAGGAGGAAUAGGACCACAGCUAAGUUAAAGGAUUUUUCUAUAUUGAAUUUCAAUGGUGAAAUGAGCUACUCAGAAGAAUAAACGCAACGUAUUGAUCCCAGAAAUGUUCCAUAUGCACAAAGCGUGUCACAUUGAGCAUUUCUCCUCUGCCAAGAUAAUCCAUCCACCUGACAGGUGUGUCAUACCAAGUAGCUGAUUAAAGAGCAUGAUUGCUGUAGCCACAUAUCAGGUUGAGGGAGAGUGGAAUUGGCAUGCUGACUGCAGGAAUGUCCACCAGAGUAUUGAAUGAGAAUUUGGCAGUACAUCCGACCGGCCUCACCUGCGAUAAGCCACCCAGACAGGUGAUCAAACUAAUUCUGGGUGGGCCUACUCCCUCCCAGGCCAACCCAUGGCUACGUACCUGCAGUCAAUUGAAAUCCAUUGAUUAG